UUCUUGCCCAUCAAUCCGUCUCGAUUCCAUGGCUUCGACAUCAAAGCUGCCCAAUGGCAGUGACUCAGUAUCGACAGCCACAGCUGGGCAGCCGAUAGAGGCGUCGUGGUCCAUCGAUCUGCCUCUGAGCGAUGCUCUGCCCUACUUCGACGAUGAGCUCGACACGAAGCCGGGCCUCGCAUCCCGCGUCCAGAAGGAGGUACAAGCCGAGAUGGCAAAGAUGAACAUGGAUUCUCAGGACUCUCGUCUUCCACCUGCUAGUCUUUACGCCUCCUCAGCCUACGACGAAGAGAUGCAGCGUAUAGCGUCGCGACAGGAGGCGACAAAGGCCAUUGACAUGACGCGCUUCCAACUCGCCCCACCUGCCGCCGGGCUUGAGGCGGACGAUGAGGAAUGGAAGAAAGCAGUGGAUAAUGCUGCUGCGCAAUUGAUGCAUCAGGAGACGAGAAUGACGAAUAUUGAGCUGCUCAAGAAGUUCGGAGCAAAUCAAUGGCGUCUACACAACUACCAACAAGAGCACCUCUCCCAUCGCUACGAAGAUGCUCGCGAAACACAGUCCAACCGUACCAUGAGGCUCAACCGCUCACGACGAUCAGAGCAGACGGAUGCGGGCAAGAAGCUCGCUGCCCUCGAGGCUAGGUGGACCGAGCUGAUUUCGAGGGGCUUGCAGCUGGAGGUGGCCAACAUUGCCGCUGAGCACGAAGUUGCGGGGCUGAGGGCUGAGGAAGAGGCGUUGAGGAGGGAAUUGGAGAGGAUGGAGUGAAGGUGCGAGACGAAGGACGAGAGCAGAGCAGAGGCAACGAAUACAUUGUACAAUAGUAGCAUAUCCUGACAGCACAGAUCGACCUGUUCCUAUCCUCUAUCAGCAUCAUCGAG